AUGAUCGUGGUCUUUGGCAGCUCAAACGCCUUCGGACGCGACGUAAACGAAAUGGAGAUGAUGGCAAUGGCAGGGACGAUCUUUGUGGUUUCUGUGCUGCUCGCUCUCGUGUACAAGCUGGCACGAGGCUGGGACGAUAUAGACAAGGCAGGUUUCGGUGCCAGCGUGCUACCACUGCAUGCGCCUCGCGCGACGAACCGCUGGGUCAGCAGUCGCAAGACGCACUUUGGACGCCUCGGUACAAUUCAGGAGAACGAGGUCUUUUCUUUCAGCUCCAAGAUGCGGUAA